AUGGCGGCGCCGGAGGAGACGAAGGAGACGAAGAAAGCGGAGAAGGCGAAGGCGAAGGCGGUCGCGAAGGGGAUGAUGAGAGGGCUUCGAGAGGACGUCGAAGCGAGCGAGUCCGAGGAGGCGAUUGCGGCGCGGAAAAAAAAAGAGGACGAGGAAGAGGCGGCGAAGCAUCGCGCGAUGGACGCCAGGCGCGUUUUAUACACUGCUGACGCCUAUGAACUCCACCCCGACAUCGCUUCGUAUGGAACGACCCUCAGCGGCGUCGCGAGGAAUCCGAACGUGAAAGCCACGGCCGACCGCGUGCGAAAGUGCGCGAACCCGUCGUGCGUCGCGCGCGAGGACACGAUCGCGCGCGCCGGCGGGAAGAUGCUUCGAUGCUCGCGGUGUAAGGCGGUUUCGUACUGCUCCCCGCACUGCCAGCGGACGCACUGGAGGGACGGGCACCGAGGGACGUGCGUUCCGGCGGCGGCGACGCCGACGAAGGAGGUCGCGAAGGAGGUCGCGAAGGAUCCCGAGCCCAAGCCGCCGCCGGCGACCGCGCGGGAGACGGAAGUGAAGGAGACGCGCAGGGCGCUCGUCGUCGAGGACGAUUCCGAGGACGACGAGAGCGACGCGGAGGAGGAGGCGGUCGGAGCCGACGCGUCGGCGGCGGCGACGGCGGCGGCGGCGACGACGACGCGACGACCGCUCGUCGUCGAGGAGGAAUCGGACGGAACCGAGGACUCCGACGACGGCCCGCCGCCGCUGCCGGACGUGAGACGCGACGCGAAACUCGCGACGGAGGUGCGGAAAAAAUCGCUGGUGAUCGAGGAAGAGGACGACGUGGACUCGGACUCGGACGACGACGACGCGUUGAGCUACGAAGAAACCCCGGAGAUGCGCGCGGAACGCCUGGAGCUCGAGUCGUUGGACGUCGACGAUGAGCUCAUCGACAUGGAGCUCGUCGACAUGGAGGACCUCGAAUCCGACGAGGACGACGAGAACUACGUCCCGCAAGAGACCAUGACGGUCAAGAUAACGCACACCGCUCCCCCGACGGGGGAAGAGGGGAAGCCGCCCGCGUUGCCGCCGUGGAUGACGGCGCACGCGCCGCCGAAGAAACCGCCGGAGAAACCGCCGGCGGAGAAGGCCGAGGCGAAAUCGAUACCGAAGCCGGCGGAGGUUCCCGCGGCGCCGAGGCCGGUCGAGGCGAAACCUACGCCGCCGCCGGCGCCGGCGGCCGUCGACCCGGCGCUGGAACCGGUGAACGCGGACGACCUCCUGUACGACCUCGAUUAGACCGAGCGAGCGCUUCAGUUGUAACCUCUUCUCCGGACGUUAAACU